CACAUAAAAACCCUAUUUUUGCGCACACUCUCUCUCUACCGUUCAUUUUCUCUCUCUACAAUUUUCGUUGCGAGGUCUCUGAAGCUUUCUUCCAUGGCGACAAAGGCGGGCGAAGGAACCUCUUACGGCGGCGGCAGCAGCGGCGGCGGAGGAGGGGGCGGGAAGUUCCGGAAAAGGCCAUUUCGGAGGCCCCAGACGACGCCGUACGAUCGGCCUCAGACCGCUCUCCGAAACCCCAGUACCAACGGCUGGCUCUCGAAGCUCGUCGAUCCCGCCUCUAAACUCAUCUCCGCGAGCGCUCAUCUCUUCUUCUCCUCCGUCCUCCGCAACCGCCUCCCCCCUCCGCCGCCACCACCACCACAACCACCAGAAGCAAACCAGGAAUCAAGGGAUAGGUUUCAGGAGGCAAUUCUCGAGGAUCAGAUGUCCAAGCAGCAGAUUGGGACUGGUUGUAGAGUUGGAGACCUCUAUGUGAUGGAGAGCCUACAUCUGCCUAUGACUACUUCUCCGACAACUUUUUUCUCUUUUUAUUUAGAUUCUUUGUCAAGUCCUUUCUAUGUUUCUCCUAAUGAUUACAUCUCUGCUAUUUCCUAUGAGCUUAUUCCCUCUUCUCCUUGUACCACCCCUCUUAAUGAGUCCCUCUCCAUUGACCUCCAUGAGUCUGUUCCCUCCUCUCCUCUUCCUUUCCUGCCUGCUCCUGUUCCUACUCCUACUCCUACUCCUACUCCUACUCUUACUCCUCUUUCUCCUUCUCCUUCUCCUCCUUUGGUGUUAGUCUAUUAUUGUCGCAUGGCCCUCCCUCCACCAGUUAAUCCUCUUGUUUCCGACGACUCUGAUCUUGUUAACCGUUUGUCGUCUUCGGCAUACUUUGUAUGGUCUGAAGCAAUCUCUUCGUGCUUGGCCAACUAUGCUAAUGAAGUUAUUCACCGUGUUGGUCUUACUGACACUACGAUUGCUGAUACCCUCAUUGAGCUUAAUGUGAAACUUAACAUUACUGAUGGUGUUCCUCUGCCAAACCCUACUUUUAUCGAGAGUUUUCAGUUCAUUUUUGCUCCUCGUUCUGCACAUGGGGCUGCUUUUGUUUGGAUUCUUCGCUAUCUCCGGAGUACAAUAUUUCAGGGUUUACUAUUGUCCUCCACUUUCUCUUUGGACUUGGUGGCCUAUGCUGAUUUUGAUUGGGUUGGUGAUGUGAUUGAUUGCAAGUCGACGUAUGAUUUCUGUAUGUUUCUUGGAGAUUCUUUGAUUUCUUGGAAAAACAAGAAACAAUCUGUUGUUACUCGCUCUAUUGCCGAAGUUGAGUAUCGUGCAAUGCCCUUUAUGCUGAUAUAUGUGUAUAUGUUGUACGAAUGUUCUUUGAAGAAUGCCCCUGGAGUGCAAGGACCAGUUGUUAUUGAUGGAGGCAAACCAACUAGUAACUUUGACUGUAGUGGACUUUCCGAACUUGAGCAAAUAUUAAAGAAAAAGACCUUUACCAGAUCUGAGAUUGAUCAUUUGACAGAACUACUGCAUUCAAGAACUGUUGAUUUACCUAAUUGGGAUGAGGACAAAAGGAAUGAAUCAAUUGUUCCACAGCCCGUGUCUGCCUUUGGAGGACAAGAUGGAUUUGCAAGUAGUUCACUGCAAGAAAAUAGGAUAGGGAGCCACUUGGAGAGCCAUAGAUUUCAUGGAUGCAUUUCAUCUCCUAUUGUCCUUGAAGAGGAUGUUGUGGCUCGUGAACUUGCAAAAGCUUACAUGGGCAGUAGACCUUCAAGAGUGUCACCAUCAAUGUUAGGUUUGCGUGGCCAAACUUUGAGGGAAGAUGCAAGUCUGCAGAAUAAUGUACCAUUUCCUCCAAAUUCACCUGUCAUGUCACUUGUACCAAAGCCAGUUGUUCGUGUUGCGGUUUCUGGAAAUGGUUUUAUGACUCCAAGAUCCCGAGGGAGGUCUGCAAUAUAUAAUAUGGCUCGUACACCAUAUUCCAGGGUUCAUCCAACUACUACCCAAAAGGGUUCCAGUUCCGUAUAUGAUGAUUAUGGUUUACCAUCUGCAUCAUCAUCUUCUCAGUUUACAUGGGAGCAUGCCAGGCAAUAUGGUCCUAAACAAUUGGCCCUAAAACGUAGGAGUUCUGUAUUACAAGAUGAUAUAGGAUCUGUUGGUCCCAUACGUAGACUUCGACAGAAAACUAAUCUUUCGACUCCAAAAUGUUUGAGCUUGCCAGUUUCUGGAAGUCCUUCUAAUCGUGGAACUGGAAUUGGUCUUGAUGCUGCUCGAUACCCUAUAGCAGCGGCCCAGAAGCUGCCUUCAUUGGGUGAAUCUAAUCAUAGAUUCUUGAGAACAGUGAGAGAAAAUGAGGAUACUAGCAUGCCUGGUACAAAUUAUACCUCUGUUCCUUCCAAGUCUACAGAGAUGGCUACAAAAAUAUUGCAGCAGCUUGAAAAGUUGGUUCCAAAGGAGAAAUCAUCAGAAGGCAAGGUUGCCGCAGGUGAGAGAUCAACCAGUAAGUUGACACCGAAUAUGCUAAGUGUACAGGCUCGUAGAAGCCUGGAGUAUGUAGAUUCAUCAAACAUUCUGCAAAAUGCAGAUGAUAGUCAUAAGUUGAAGAAUAUGAGCAACACUUCUUUGCUUGAUGCUCAUGAUGCUGUCUCUCAAAAGCAAGAUAAGGUUAAGGAAAAUGGUCCAAAACGGGUUAUUGUUUCUCGUCACGCAUCAACUCCUGCAGUGAUCAGCAAUGCUACAGUUUCAGUGAAAGAAGCUGUACCCAGUGUCAAAACUGCAGAUUCAGUCAGCACACAGUUGUUUACUCAAUCUUCUCAAAAGAAAUGGGGUUUUCAGAUGAGUGCACACGAGGAUUUUCUGGAGCUGGAUGACGAGAUUUUUUCUAAUGAAGCUGCAUCUACACCGUUGGCUGAGGGGAAGAAAAAAUUUGAGACUUCUGUGGUGGAGAGCAAGGCUGUUUCUUCUGAAGCAGUGACGGUGGACAAAACUCCUGCAGUAUCUGAAUUCAAAACACUUGAUGGUCCCAUUUUGAAAAAAUCAACUGAUUUAGGAACUUCUGAUGAAACUGUGGUUGGUGAGAAAAACACUAGCUUUACCUUCUCUGUUUCACCUGCUUCUGGCACAAAUUUUCAGCCAGUUGUGGCCAGUCCUCAAUCUACAUCAGCAUUUGAUAAGAUUGCUCCACCUAAGGAACCAAAUGCACCUCCUCCUUUAUUUAGUUUUAGCUCUAAAAAUGUUGCUAAGAUUCCAUCGCACGCAUUUUCUUCCACAUCUUCUGUCAGUGAGUCUUCAGGCCUAAUAUCUUGUUCUCCAUUGGAACCGAAGCCAGAAAGUUCAAGCAGCUUGGCCAAUGUUGCUUUUGGUACAACUGAAGUCGUACCAAAAACUCAGGACUCAGAUAAAGUUGAUAAUAACAAAAUGCGAAAGUAUGGAGAUACAAUGGGAAAAUCAGAAGCUUCUAUUUCUUCUGCUCUGUCAACUUCAACCGGCAGCAUGUUCUCCUUCGGUAGUCCUGCCAACAGUUCAAGUCUAACUAAUGGUUCACUUGAAUCAAGCCCUUCUAUAUUUUCUUCCCCUUCUCCAGCUGUAGCUUCCAGUAAUUUUACAAAUCAAACUUUCACAAAUAGCUUUACCAAUGUUGCCUCUUCAAUUACUGCUACCAUGAGUUCCAAUGACACCACCAUGGUCACUGCCUCCAAUAGCAGUCCGUCCACCUCUGCUGCAGCACCAUCAUUUCCAGGAACCCCCAUUUUCAAAUUUGGGUCCACAUUUGUAGCUCCUUCAAAUUCAGUUCCAACUGCUUCAACCACAUCUAAUGCAGAAACUACAGAUUUGAAGGCCAAAACUGAGAAGGAAACAACAUUUGGUGCUCCAACCAGCUCACCUUUUGGGGGCACAUCGUUUUCUAUGGCAAGCACAGGAAGUAGCAUUUUUGGAUCCAGUGUAUCUGCCAAUAAUUUCUCUCAGGGUUCUCUUUUCGGAACCAGUAGCGGAUCUACAGUCAGCACACAAAUGUCUCCUGCUGAAACUGGGGUUGCAGCUGUUACACAGAGCAUGCAUAUUCAGUUUGGUUCAUCUAGCUCGUCUCCAAGCUUUGGGACUUCCGGGAUUACAUCUUUCACAUCGGGCAGUUCUGUAUUUGGUUCUUCAACCUCCAGCGGUUCUCUGUUUGGUUCUUCAACUCCCUCAAAAGUGUUUGGUUCAAGCACUAGUUUUGGUGUGAGUUCUUCAGCUCCCUCAACUGAGACCAACUCUGUUGGCGCCGGUGGUGCCACUUCGAGCUUGUUUGCAUCCAGUUGGCAGCCCCCAAAGUCUUCCAUCUUCGGUUCCACAUUUAACACCGGAUCCCAAUCAACUGGGUUCUCCUUUGGUGCAUCCUCGGUUUCUGCUGCUCCUACCAACACUGCACCUAUGGUGUUUGGGUCCUCUACUGCUGGUGCCUCAUCCGGUUCCCUUUUCUCAUUCACUUCAAAUACUGCUACUGCCACUGCCACUGCCUCUCCUUCCCAAGCACAGUCCGUGUUUGGUACCUCUGUUCCUGUAUUCGCCAGUGUCUCAGGUAACGGUGAUCAGAUGAGCAUGGAGGAUAGCAUGGCUGAGGACAACCCCAUACAGUUGUCCACACCAACAGUUCCAGUUCCGGUAUUUGGUCAACAACCCAUCUCAACUCCAUCUGGUUUUGUUUUUGAUUCAAAUGCUCUGCCAUCAGCUGGCCCAUUUCCUUUUGGUGGACAACAGAAUCAAAGCAACCCACAAAACCCAUCUCCGUUUCAGGCUUUGGGUAGUCUAGAUUUCAGUGCUGGAGGUAGUAGCUUCUCAUUGGGUUCUGGUGGUGGCGGUGAUAAGUCUAAACGGAAAAUUGUGAAAGUCAAACACAAAAGCCGAAGGAUGUAAAAACACUAAAUGUCAGAGGUAAAUUGGUUUCUUGGCAAUCCCCAUGAUUAUGUGGGUUAAAUGGGAAAUUUUCUUUUCUUUUUCUUUGUUUUUAAAAUGGUUGGAGAGUUGGCCGUUGGUCACUUUUUACAAUUUUUACUUGUUGGAGUUGCAGGCAUAAAAUGUCACACAAUUUUGGAAGUGUCUUUAGUGAAAGUUAAAAAAGGAUUGUAUUUCGUAUCAUUUAGUAGCGGGUGGUAAUAGUAUACUUUGAUUAGGGUUUGUGGUAUGGAAAUUGUGGGGUAUCAUAGACCUUGCUUUGUGUACUCUUACUUUGUUAUUGUAACAUAAAAAAGGAAAGGAAAAUUCCUGAGGAAGUGUUUCUGAGGAUUUUUCUGACUUUUGUUCUC